AUGAGUGCUUCAACUGUGAUCCCAGCUGUGUGUUACAGUAGUUGUAACAAUGCAUACAUCGACGCUUUGAGAUUUGGCAAGACACCAGCAUUGUGCUCAGAUUCAUCAUUCAACAACGAGUAUAGUUCUUGCCGGGAGUGCGUUGCAGCAAAUAGCUCAGAUCCAGCUGCGGUGAACGAAAAUUAUGUGGAACAUCGAUUUGAACAGUUCUUUCAAUAUUGUGCGUCACUAAAUGGGUCCUCUAUAGCGUCGAGUAUAGUAGAGAGUACGACAGUUGCAACAACCUUAAGUGUCGCCUCCUCACUACUUUCCUCGCUCCCAAUUUUCACAACUAUUAAUUUGAGUUCUACUUCCACUCCCUCCGGGUCACCAUAUGCAACCAUCACAGCAACCAAUACUCAAGGUAUCUCAUUAUUCAACGGAAGCAUGAUUACCAUCACAUUUUCUAAUGUGAUAACAUUAUGGACCCAAACAAGUUCCAUUUCGUCCUCUUCAACAACAAAUUCUCAAUCUAAAUUAACACCUGGUCAUGCGCAGUUUCAUGGUGUAGUUUUUGGCUCCAUUUUUGGCGGACUGGCAAUUAUUGCUUUUGGUGGGAUCUACUGGGUUAGAGGUGGGUCUGGUGAUGGAAGUGGCCAUGAGAAAGCGCAAUUGCAUUCCGAUUGUAUCUCACCCAAGAAUCCGGAAGAGAUUGAUGGGUCACCAAAAGGCCCAGUCGCAGAAUUGCCAGCUAUAGAAGCUGUUGCAGAGAUGCCAGGGAGCAUCAACUACUUGCCCCGGGAGGUUGGGUGA